AUGGACCUCAAGAGUACUAUAAUAAGAGUGCUAUCAAUUCUACUAUUUUCAUUAACAACCUUCAUUCACGCAUCUCCAGGAGAUGAUCUUUAUGCAUUUUCAGAUUGUUUAUAUCAAUGUGAACAAAUAACAUGUAAAAAAAAUCCAUAUAAUUUAUUUCAAGAAGAAUUUUAUAAUGAAUUUUUGGAUAAUGGAGUUGAAAUUCAUUAUUAUAAUGAUAAUUGGAAAUUUCAAUCUAUGCCAUUACCUUUCCAUUUAAAGAUUUUAGGAUGGACUUGUGAACUGAAUUGUGAUUAUCAAUGUCAACGUAUUAUAACUGAAGAAAGGUAUAAAAAUAAUGAAGAAAUUUAUCAAUUUCAUGGAAAAUGGCCAUUUUUAAGAGUGUUUGGGAUUCAAGAAUUAUUUAGUGUUUUAAUGUCAUUGGGAAACUUGUAUGUAACUUAUAAAUAUGGAUUUAAAAAAUUUUGGAAAAUUGUUAAUAAUAAGAAAUUACCAAUUCAAUUAAGAAAACAAUUUUAUAAUAUAUUGUUUGUUUCUGUGGUUACUAUGUUGGCAUGGAUAGCUUCAACUGUUUUCCAUACUAGAGAUUAUCCAAUUACAGAACACUUGGAUUAUUAUUUAGCUGGUGCAACCAUCUUAUCAAGUUUUCAUGCAUUAGGAGCAAGAUUAUUUGAAUUAUAUAAACCUGAAAAGACCCUUUAUAGAUGGUCAUUCACUUUUCUAUGUGUUGCAGCAUAUAUUUAUCAUGUUCAAAGAUUAUAUUUUGAUUGGUCAUACACUUACAAUAUGAGAGCUAAUAUUAUUAUUGGAAUAUGUCAAAAUUUAUUUUAUUGUCUAAUAGUUUUCAAACUAUAUUGCAAAUACUUUGAUUUAGAACAAUUAGAUCCAACCACAGUCAAUUUAAGCCAUAUAAAUUACAUAAGUUUUAAAAGAAUAAUACUACCUAGUUUUUAUUCAAGAAGUUCAAAAUUAUAUACAUUAUAUCCUUUACUUUUAUGUACAAUAGUUAUUUGUGGAAUGAUGUUAGAAAUUUUUGAUUUUCCACCAAUAUUUUUUGAUUUAAUAGAUACUCAUAGCUUGUGGCAUUUGGUGACUAUAAUACCAGCUUAUAUGGGCUGGUAUGAUUGGUUGAUAUGGGAUGUUUUUGAAAAUGUCUGGCCAGAUUUGAAACAGGCUGAAAUUAAGAAAAAUGAAUAA